AUGAAAGAUCUAGGCAAGCUCAGAUACUUCUUGGGAAUAGAAGUUGCUCGAGCUGCUGAUGGAAUCUUCCUCUCUCAACGCAAAUAUGCGUUAGAUAUCAUCAAAGACUGCGGAUUACUUGGUGCUAAACCUGUCUCCAUUCCAGUAGAGCAGAAUCAUCAUUUAGCAGCCGACAAAGGACCUUUGUUUUCAGAUCCAAAUAAGUAUAGACGCCUAGUUGGUCGUCUUGUUUACUUGACAGUCACUCAACCUAAGCUUUGUUAUGCUAUUAACCUGUUAUCUCAGUUUAUGAAGGCCCCUACCGUGGCUCAGUGGGAAGCAGCAUUACGGGUGGUCAGGUUCCUUAAAGGAUGUCCUGGACAGGGGAUUCUUCUACGAUCAGAUAGUUCACUUGAGCUUUCAGUCUAUGUCGACGCUGACUGGAGCACUUGUCCUGUUACGCGUCGCUCAUUAAAUGCUUAUGUUGUUCUUCUUGGAGGGAAUCCUAUUUCAUGGAGAACUAAGAAGCAAGAUACAGUUUCUCACUUUUCCGCUGAAGCUGAAUAUCGAGCAAUGGCUGCAGCUGCAAAGGAGUUGAAAUGGAUCGUACCAUUGAUGAAGGAACUGGUUAAAGCUGGUCUUAUCUCAACUACUCAUGUGCGCACCAAAGAACAGAGAGCUGAUAUCCUUACUAAGGCUUUGGGGCGUGCUCAGUUUGAGUUCUUAUCAUCCAAGUUGGGUGUUCAAGAUAUUCACUUUCCAAUUUGA